UCUCCUUUUUAUUUGCAUAAAGUCCCUCCCAUUAUUUUAUUUUCAUUUAGUCCCUCCCUCACCCCAAACACACUCACACUCUCCUUCUCCCUCUCUCUAAUGGGGUUUUAGCAGAGGAAUGCUCGCUUGUGGACUCUUCACCUCUCGCUCUUUCUGGUUCACUUUCUUCAUCUUUUUUGGAUGGGAGUUUUUGGAGGGCAUUGAAGUUUUGAAGAUCAUCUCAUAGAAUGAAUCAACUUGUGGCAAGAAUAUAGCAACUGUCAUUUGGGGCUUUGAUCAAUCAAUAGAGGAUGAAGAGGUUUGCAUGCUGCCGCCGCAGACCACAGGACUUCAGCAUAGACUUUGAGGAGCAUGACAGAGUAGUUACAUAUAAUGGCCUUGAGAGUUGCAUCCUCAACAGCUGCUCCUAUAAUGCCAGUGUCAGCAGCAGCAGCAUGAGCGGGGCUGAUGGUUGUGUCACAGCUGAUUCAUUGGAUGAGGAUGACUCGAGCUGCUCCUCUAGCAAAGAUGCUUUAUGGUCCUCCUUCUCUUCUCAAUGCGUCAUGCCAAGUAAGCCGGAGGAGGACCUACCCCUUUGUGAAUGGGACAGCCUUCGCAGCCUCCAUCAUCUCUGCUUAAAAGGGAAGUCUCAGCAUGUUACUCAUGCAAUGUGCCUGUCUGAUGUUGAUACCAUGAAGGAGGUGUUUGCAAAGCUAUUGCUUGGUGAAGAUGUUUCUGGAGGGGUUCGUGGGAUUAGCACUGCCUUAGCCUUGUCCAAUGCCAUCACAAGCCUCUCAGUAUCUGUUUUUGGAGAGCUGUGGAAAUUGGAGCCUUUGGCAGAAGAGAGAAAGAGCAGGUGGCAGAGAGAAAUGGACUGGUUACUUUCCCCGACAAACUAUAUGGUUGAGUUGGUUCCUGCAAAACAAAAUGGUGCCAAUGGUCGGAUGUUGGAGAUUAUGACCACCAAAGCUCGUUCAGAUGUUUAUGUCAAUCUUCCAGCACUUCAGAAGCUGGACAGUAUGCUCAUUGAUGUAUUGGACGCAAUGGUAGAUACAGAGUUCUGGUAUGCGGAAGAAGGCAACAAAGCUGACGGGCGAGACCGGAGUGCUGUCAGCAUGCCUAGCAAGAAAUGGUGGCUGCCGUCACCUCGAGUACCUGAAUCUGGACUUUCUGCAUCCCAACGGAAAAGGCUUGGCUUCCAGGGGAAACUGGUGCAUCAGGUCCUCAAGGCUGCUAAAUCCAUUAAUGAACAAGUGUUGCUUCAAAUGCCAAUUCCAGUUUCUGUCAAAGAUGCCCUUAGGAAGUCAGCAAAGGCAAGCUUGGGCGAAGAUCUUUACCAUGCAAUAACAGCAGAAUUCGGCUCCGUUGAGGACAUUAUGCUUUCUCUCAACUUGAAAAGUGAGCAUUGUGUACUAGAAACUGUCAACCGAUUAGAGGCUGCGGUUUUCGCAUGGAAACACAAGAUCUCAGAAGACUCAAACAAGAGAGCCCCUGUACGUUACCCGUGGUACUUCAAGAAAGGGCUUGGAUCAGAACUCGAAAACAUGGAAAUGGCAAUCGAAAAGGCUGAAAUGCUUAUUGGUCUCCUAAAGACGAGAUUUCCCAACUUACCUCAAACCUUCAUCGAUCUCACCAAGGUCAGAAACAACAAGGAUGUGGGGCAUUCCAUUGUGGAAGCAUAUUCCAGGGUCCUUGUGAGCUUAGCAUUCAGCAUACUUUCUAGAAUAGGAGAUAUCUUGCAAGAGGAUGACUUGAAGAAGCCUACCACUCCCAUUGCCACAUUGAAGUUCGACUUCUCAUCGGAUGUUUACCUUGCCGGAAUCACUGAAACACCACCUGGAAACAUCAAACGUUCACUCAUUGAUCAGAUGAACACUGUCGACGGCCGGAUUUGCCACACCAUCUCUACUAAAACCUCCAAGAAACACUUCUUGAAUAAGAAGGCCAGUACUAUCAUCACAGUCACGGCCGGGUCCAUGUAGGAGUGUAUCAAGAGAAAUGUGGCUAAGCAUACCACCUUGUAAUUCUUCUCCUUUUCAAAUCCAUUGUGAUGAUCAUUUAACUAAAUACAACAUAAUUAGCAAUAUUUUGCAUGUUUCAAGACCUUAUGGAUAUUGCCAAGGUAACUAGCACAUAGUUUUCAGUUCAUAAAUAAUCCAAUCUUGACAAAAGAAAACU